AUGGCACCCACCUCCCAUCUAUUCCCACGCCAGUUCGGUGGCGGCCCAGGCGAUCGCGGCGACCGUAAUAACGGUGGAGUAUCAACCUUAGCAAUUGUGGGCGUUGUCAUUGCGAUCGUCUUCGUCAUCGCUGUCGCAGGAAUAGUAAUCUUCGCCCGAACGCGACGACGCAAGGCCUCUCACACCCACGCCGGCAUCAAUCUCAACUCGCAAGUCCCGCCCAAGACUGGCCCUACUCCAGGCCAGUAUGCUCCUCCACCAGGCAAACCCAACGCAUACGGUGGUGGUGACGGUUAUCAAUCGACUCCCGACCAGCACCAGAGCCUUCUCGGAAACGCAGAGGGUCCAGCGAUCGUGACGUGGGACGCGGAUCAGGGUGUUGGAAGCACACAGGACGGAUUCGGAUACAACAAUGCGGCCGCAGGCAUCCAAAGACCUGCGAGCGUCGCGAGCUUUUCGGCACCCCCUCCUCGAUAUGAAGAAGCCGCAGCGGCAGGUACAUUAGUUGCUGCAUCGCAGAGACCCAGAGUCAACUCGGAAAGUGGACUGAGGCCAUUGAUGCUGGGCCAGGGCGAGGCUGCGAGUUAUUAUAACACGUCAAGAUCUAUUGGCGCCGACGAAGAGCCUGAGCGCGGCCGCUCCACCACCAGAGAAGCCAGUGGCAGCAGGAGGCUGAGCGUCGAUAAUCGCUCCGUUGCUAGCGAGAGGAGACGCAGUGUCUCCCGCUUCAGGGAGGAAGGCAUGGUCGACUUAGAUGUCUCGUCUUCGCCGGAUAAGAGCUGA